ACAGGCAAAGCCAACAUGCUGUCAGUGACUGCAAAGUGCCAAACGCAGGACAGACUGGCUUCAGAGGACACUCCUCUGUCCGACCCCAACCUCCCCUCUAUUUGAAGCGCUUUCUCCCAUCCCAACCAAUAAUGUAAGACUCUAUCGGGGAAGAUCUCUCAGCUGUAACUUUUAUCCCUCGUGACUCAGUUUUCAAGCCUGUAGUUAAGCCACAGCUGGUCAUCUGCAAGGAUAACUGCUGUGAGAUGCGGCAAUGUCCCGAAAAACAUGCCUACGCGUGAACUCUUUUGACUCCGUCCGGAUUUUGGCAUUGGUGAUUUUUGCUGUAAAUGUAAUCGAGGCGGAUAAGCACAGCUGUUAUGAAGUAAGAGCCGCUUUCCAGCAGCGAAACAUCGGACCGCUUCACCUGGUGCCAGAGAAACCACACAAAGAUGCUGAUCUGCAGUUAUGUACACACCAAGGUCCAUCUUGCUGCAACAGGAAGAUGGAGGGAAGCUACAUGAGUGCUGUGAAACAAGAGACUCUGCAAAAAAUCGAGUCCCACACCUAUCAGCUGCAAAGCCUCCUGUCUGGUCAUUUAGACAACUUUCAGGACACGAUACAGUCCCUCCUGUCAUUCUCUCAAGGACGCCUAAGUUCACUGUUGGAGAGAAGCUACUCGUCCCUGUCCCAUCAGGCUUUGCCCCAUGUGAAUCAACUGUUUUCCUCCUUGUCCCUGUUUCUACAUGGAGCAAACAUCUCAGUUGAGAUGACAGUUCACACAUUUUUUAACAAUAUAUUCCCUCUUGUGUAUACACGGCUCAUUAACCCAGGCAUUGAAGGGAGUGUUACAGCAGGCAGCACAAUGAGUGACUGUCUUCGUAUGAUCAGGCAGGACGUCAAACCUUUUGGCAAUCACACCAUCAUCAUGGCUCAGAGACUGGCUAACGUUUUGGAGAUUGGCAGGCAACUUGUUCUCUCCUUGGAUAAAGGACUGAAGGUCAUCAAUGCAACGGAGUAUGCGAACCUUGGACGUGAUUGUGUAAAAAGUCUGACAAAGAUGGUAUACUGCUCCCACUGCAGAGGCUUGACACUGAUCAAGCCCUGUGUUGACUACUGCUCCAAUGUAAUGCGGGGAUGCCUGGCGAGUAUGUCAGAGCUGGACCAGCCUUGGAGGGUAUAUAUCAGCUCCUUUGAGAAACUAUCCCGUUCAGUAGCAGGGGAUCACAGCCUGGAGCUAGCCAUUCUGGGGGUCAGCGAGCAUGUUAACGAAGCCAUGCUCUACGCACAGAUCCAUGGUCCGCUCAUUACUGCUACGGUGGACAAGGUGUGUGGCCUGUCUACAGGGGAACCUCCAAGCAUGCGGCAUAUGAGCCCAGAGGUCACAACCUCUACCACAACCGCAAAUUCGCCUCCUUCGUCUGCCUCCUCCUCUUCCCCCCAACGUUUACCAGAGGAGUGGCUGGAGAGGUUUGCCCACAUGAAAGGUCCAUUACCUCUGAAACCCUCCAACAACUAUAAACCUAAUCUGAGAACACUUUCUAGGGAGUUCUUAGCUGUGCUGCUGCGCUAUAGAGCCUUCUUCAUUUCACUACCAGACAUGCUGUGCAAAGGGGAGAAUGUAGUGGACGACUCCACCUGCUGGGUUGGCACUGAUGUUGUAGAAAG